AUGAAAACAAUAACAUUGAUAUAUAUUGCUGGAUGGUAUUUCAGCGCAAUCGCAUUAUCACUAUAUAAUAAAUGGAUGUUUGAUCCUAAAAAUGGAUUGGGUGUAUCAUACCCAAUUCUGGUAACAGUGUUCCACCAAACGAUUUUAUGGAUAUUAGCAUUCAUAUACAUUAAGAUUGAAAACUUUAAUAAGAGGCCAAAAAUAUCAUUAGAUGAUAUGGAAAAUAUACCGAGAGCAUCAGCUCCAGCUCCAGCUCCAACGACGACGACGACGACUACUACUACUAAUGAACAUAAAAAUGAUUGGAAAUUUUAUUUGAAAUAUUUGAUCCCAACAGCAGUUGCAACAGCAGGUGAUAUCGGAUUCAGUAACGUAUCAUUUAAAUUUGUCCCAUUGACAAUAUAUACGACUAUAAAGUCAUCAAGUAUCGCAUUUGUCCUUUUAUUCAGUUGUAUUUUCAAAAUUGAAAAAUUUCAUUGGAAAUUAUCAAUGAUUGUAUCCAUUAUGUUCAUCGGUGUCGUAAUGAUGGUUUAUAAACCAAAUUCAACUAGUAACGAUGAAAUUGAUGAUUAUUCCGCUCUAAUAUUUGGAGCAUUUCUAGUAUUGGCAGCUGCUUGUCUAUCUGGGUUAAGAUGGGUAUACACACAAUUAAUACUGAGGAACAAACCAGAGCCUUCCAUCGAAUCAAGGUCUUCAUCCAAUCAAACUUCUGAAGUAUCCGAUCUGCGGAUACAGCAGAGAGUAACAUCAUCGUUGAAGAAAAGGAAAACGCAUCCUAUGUAUACCAUUUAUCAAUUGGCUCCAAUAAUGGGUAUAACGUUAUUCAUAACAGCAUUAAUCAUUGAAAAACCGUUCCCUGGAAUAUUUCAAUCAAAUCUUUUCAAAGUAUCGCCCGGUGUCAAUGAUACCAUAACAAAAUUCUCGAUAUGUAAAGGUUUCAUAUUAUUGAUUAUACCGGGAAUAUGCGUAUUCAUAUUGACGUAUUGUGAAUUUGGAAUUUUACAACAUACAAAAGUUCUAACUAUGUCCAUUGCGGGUAUAAUUAAAGAAGUGUUAACUAUUAUAUUUAGUAUGAUUGUCUUGGGAGAAAGAUUAAGUGGAAUAUAUAAUUGGAUUGGUAUGACAAUUGUCCUUUUGGAUGUUUCAUAUUAUAAUUAUUUCAGGUAUAAACAGAAAAUUGAACAAAAAUAUGAACAUAUUGGCAAUGAUAAUGUAGAUGAUACGAAUGCUAAUGACAAUAGCAUGACCGAACAAUAUGCUAGUGAUUCAUUUAUUGAAGAGGACGAUGAAGGGGAAACGAGUAAUCAAGAAGAAGCUGAGUUUGUCCCAUAUUCCAUAACGACAGAUUCUGUCUUACAAGAAUAUGAAUUGCAUUAUGUUGUUUCAAACAAAUUACCAGAUGCCAUCGCAACUCCAAGUGAAAACAAAGUAUGA